ACUGUGUUGAUGUGAGUCAUGAAGUGGGGAAGCUUCAUGAUAUCUGUUAGUUACAUGUAUUACCAUAUUCACCAUGUCUCCCGGCUGUCAUAUAUUUUACACAUAAUGCGGUUAAUGUGCUUUUAAAAGACGCCACAACUGUUUUUCCAACAGGUUUUUUAGGCUAAAUAUAGCCGUUAUCAGCGGCCGCAGCAUGAGUGUGCAGUUCAGUGUAACUGAAAGUCAGGGGGGGGGAACAGAUUAAGACACGAAACCAGAAGCUGCAAGAAGACCAUUGAGAAAAAAGAGCCGUUCCUCAGACUGACCUCAGCUCACUUCACAUCCUGCUUUUCAAAUCCACUCACGGUCCUGAAGUCGGAAGAAGAGAAUGAGAAAAAGGAGAGGAUGGGGACGGGGAGCGUCUGAAGUGUAGAGAGCGACAGGGACACAGAGGAUGGACGACAGAAACAGAGCAAUGAUCGUGGUGUUUCUGCUCUGCGCCACUGCAGAGACGGCGGCAGAAGGCCGCUCUCUGGACGUGUGUGCCAGCUGCCACUUUGACGCCACAUGUAACGACUUGCCCUACGGAUCUGGAAAAAUGUGUAACUGCAAGUACGGGUUUAUUGGAAACGGGAGAACUUUCUGUGUAGAUAAAGAUGAGUGUCAGCUCCGUGGGAUCUGUGGGCCGUACAGCACCUGCCACAACACGCGUGGCAGCUACUACUGUACCUGCCUGGCUGGCUACAGCCCCUCCAACAACAAGGACACCUUCAUCCCAAACGAUGGGACCUACUGUCAGGACGUUGAUGAGUGCAGGAUCACAGGCCAGUGUGGAGAGGGAGGUCAGUGCAGGAACCUGAACGGCAGUUUUUCCUGCAGCUGCCAGCUGGGAUAUGAAAUCCACGACGGAGUGGAGCCCUUCAACCCUCACAGAGACAAAGCCUCCUGCAAACUGGUGGACUGUGGCCAGCCGGCCUCAGGGGAGGACACGGUGCUGCUGUCAGUCACAGGGACCUCAUACGGCAGCAUGGCCGUGUUCGACUGUGAUGAAGGUUUUGUGUGGAGGAGUGGAGACCGGAGCUCAGUGUGUGGAGCUGAUGGACGGUGGAGAAGACUCUCCAUGGUCUGUGAAGACGUCGACUGUGGCUCUCCCCCGGCCGUCCCUCACUCUCGUAUGCAGUGGGAUAAGAGCUCGAGGAUGAGCACCGAGGUGCUUUAUCAAUGCAUCUCUGGAUAUCAUAAUAUUGGAAAUGGAAACAUAUCAGUCUGUACUGCUGCUGGACAGUGGGAGAGACCGGCCGUGCUCUGCCAAGAGACUUCGUGUGGACGUCCUCCCGUAGUACAGUCCACAGAGCAGGUGUGGGACAGCAGCUCAGCCCCCGGCAGCAGCGUGCUCUAUGUUUGUAAAGAGGGCUUUUAUAACAAAGGAGGAGAUAAUGAAUCGAUCUGUAAUGAACACGGUCAGUGGACCCCCCCGACUCUGUCCUGCCAAGAAGUUGACUGUGGUGUUCCUGCACUCGUCCCUCAUUCAGUCAUGCUGUGGGAUGAAGUGUCCACUGUGGGCUCGCAGGUUGUUUAUCAGUGUAACUCUGGAUAUGUCCAUGUCGGAGAGGGAGGUGUCUUAGUUUGUACCGCCAGUGGAGAAUGGGACGGAGCCUCGCCGCUCUGUCAAGAAGUUGACUGUGGUGUUCCUGCACUCGUCCCUGAUUCAGUCAUGCUGUGGGAUGAAGUGUCCACUGUGGGCUCGCAGGUUGUUUAUCAGUGUAACUCUGGAUAUGUCCAUGUCGGAGAGGGAGGUGUCUUAGUUUGUACCGCCAGUGGAGAAUGGGACGGAGCCUCGCUGCUCUGUCAAGAAGUUGACUGUGGUGUUCCUGCACUCGUCCCUGAUUCAGUCAUGCUGUGGGAUGAAGUGUCCACUGUGGGCUCGCAGGUUGUUUAUCAGUGUAACUCUGGAUAUGUCCAUGUCGGAGACGGAGGUGUCUUAGUUUGUACCGCCAGUGGAGAAUGGGACGGAGCCUCGCCGCUCUGUCAAGAAGUUGACUGUGGUGUUCCUGCACUCGUCCCUCAUUCAGUCAUGCUGUGGGAUGAAGUGUCCACUGUGGGCUCGCAGGUUGUUUAUCAGUGUAACUCUGGAUAUGUCCAUGUCGGAGAGGGAGGUGUCUUAGUUUGUACCGCCAGUGGAGAAUGGGACGGAGCCUCGCCGCUCUGUCAAGAAGUUGACUGUGGUGUUCCUGCACUCGUCCCUGAUUCAGUCAUGCUGUGGGAUGAAGUGUCCACUGUGGGCUCGCAGGUUGUUUAUCAGUGUAACUCUGGAUAUGUCCAUGUCGGAGAGGGAGGUGUCUUAGUUUGUACCGCCAGUGGAGAAUGGGACGGAGCCUCGCUGCUCUGUCAAGAAGUUGACUGUGGUGUUCCUGCACUCGUCCCUCAUUCAGUCAUGCUGUGGGAUGAAGUGUCCACUGUGGGCUCGCAGGUUGUUUAUCAGUGUAACUCUGGAUAUGUCCAUGUCGGAGAGGGAGGUGUCUUAGUUUGUACCGCCAGUGGAGAAUGGGACGGAGCCUCGCCGCUCUGUCAAGAAGUUGACUGUGGUGUUCCUGCACUCGUCCCUCAUUCAGUCAUGCUGUGGGAUGAAGUGUCCACUGUGGGCUCGCAGGUUGUUUAUCAGUGUAACUCUGGAUAUGUCCAUGUCGGAGAGGGAGGUGUCUUAGUUUGUACCGCCAGUGGAGAAUGGGACGGAGCCUCGCUGCUCUGUCAAGAAGUUGACUGUGGUGUUCCUGCACUCGUCCCUCAUUCAGUCAUGCUGUGGGAUGAAGUGUCCACUGUGGGCUCGCAGGUUGUUUAUCAGUGUAACUCUGGAUAUGUCCAUGUCGGAGACGGAGGUGUCUUAGUUUGUACCGCCAGUGGAGAAUGGGACGGAGCCUCGCCGCUCUGUCAAGAAAUCAGUUGUGAAGAGCCUGUUUUUAAAGCUCAUGCUAACAUGCUUUGGGACGGCACGUCACACAUGGGCAGUGUGGUGUUGUACCAAUGUGAGGACGGAUAUCACACCAGGAGCCGGAGAAACUCCUCAGUCUGUGCAGAGAGUGGACUGUGGGAGGAUGUCGAUCUUUGGUGUGAAGAAAUAAGCUGCGGCCCCCCCCUAACCCUCCCCCAUACUAACCUGCUGUGGGAUGGCAGCGGUGCACCGGGGAGUGUGCUGCUGUAUGAGUGCGUGGAUGGAUUUUACCAGGAGGCUGGAAAUAACAUGUCGACAUGUUUACUGUCAGGACAGUGGGGGGAAGUGUCUGUGCAGUGCAAAGCUAAAUGUGGCCCGGCUCCCUUCCUCCCCAAAUCCGAGGUGGUUUGGCACAACAUGAGUGUCGUGAUCCACCGCUGUGUGAGUGGACAUCACAGCUGGAGGGGCGGCAACGUGUCUGUGUGUGGCAGCUCUGGGGAGUGGCAGACAGCGACACUGAGAUGCAUCGAAAUAAAGCCACCUGUCAGUCACCUUUGUGUCCUCAAAGAAAAAUGUCUGCGCUGGAGAGCGGAGAAGUAUGAGGAGGAUACUGAAGAUUACAAGGUGACGUACGUGGGAUCCAGAGACUUCCAGAGGUCCUUUCAUGAUAGGAGGAAGCAGUUUGUGAGCUCGAAGGCCGACCAGCUGGAGCUCUGUCUGAACCUGCUUCCUGUCACAAACUACAGCAUCUCCAUCACUGCAGUGUCCUCCAGGUUCACAGCCAGCAUCACCACCAGCACCAGCUUACCAGUGCCUCCAGCACCAGCUGUGUACUACAGAGAAUUUGAAACUCCUGUACCGACCUUGAGGCUCCGCAGAUCAGCCAACACACUGGACCCAAUAAGUUUGUACCAGGUGUUUGUGCUUCCUGUGGAGGGGAUUGUGAUGUUUGACUGUUCCUCUCCUGCGAGCUCAAACCCCAAAAUAAAGUCCUCAGCAGAAUACAUCACUGCCCAGUUUGAUGUCCGACAUGUCGGGACAGAGAUGAACUUCACUGUCGGGGAUGGACUCGACUAUGGAGGCUUCUUCAAUGCACCACUGGAGAACGGCAGGAACUAUUAUAUCAUGUUACGCGCUGUCAGUCAGUGGAAAUCGGCUUUAAAAAGUUCCUGCGUCCUGUGGGCUGAAGUAAGAGGUACAUCGUAUGUUCUGAGGGUUUCUUCUCUGUCUGCGGCGGCGUUAAUCGGACUGGUGGCCUUUUUCAUGAUGUGCGGAUACAGUUCCAGCUGGUUUUUCAAGAGGACAUGCCACUCCUAAGUGCUGAUGUCAUUUUAUUUGUGUUGUUUUUUAAUUACAGUCUUGACUUCCUAUCUGUACGUUUUGUUUUGUACAUUUUGUAAAUAAUUAUAAUAAACAUUGUCUUUCACUGCA